ACCAAAAACUAGAGCUGGGAAUCAAGCUUCAUGAGUUCAGAUACAGAUGUAAACAAAAGUGCCUCCCUGCCUGCCGAAGAACAGCCGGAUGAACCUGAUGGCCCCUUUCCUGGCUCACCCAGUGACCAAGAAAAGAAAGUAAGAUUUUCUCCUGCCAAAAUGUCAACCAAGAACUCUACAGACCUAGUUGAAUAUGUUACAAAAAGUCCUCCUCUUCUGCCUGUCAUUCCAAACAACCAGACAAAUCAACUAGAAGGCAGACUGAAUAACCAGGAGCGCACCAUAGCCUUCCUCCUUAAACAAGCCUUCCGCAUCAAGGAAGAUAUCUCUGCCUGCCUCCAGGGGACCCAGGGCUUUCGAAAAGAAGAAUCUCUUGCCAGGAAGUUACUAGAAAGUCACAUCCAGACCAUCACUAGCAUAGUCAAGAAACUCAAUCAAAACAUUGAGAUCCUAGAAGACCAAAUAAGAAUCCGAGAUCAGGUGGCCAGAGGAACUAAUUCUGCAGUGCAGGAUAUUAACAUCAAACACAUGCAAGGAGUUGGAGACCUUCGGGGAAGAGUAGCCAGAUGUGAUUCAAGCAUUGUGAAACUUUCUGGAGACAUUCAUUUCAUCAGGCAUGAGUACCGGCAAAUUGAAAGGGCAGUCCAAGAGCUCAUGUCUACCCUAGAAACUGUUUCCAAGAACUUGGAUAUGAAGGUAAUGCAGCUCUUAGGAAAGAUUGAGGCUUCCACUUCUGAGCACUCUUCAAAUUUAAAGAUGGUCCAGGGAGAUUAUCAGCACGAAAUGAACAUUUUGGAAUUCAAAUUUAAUUCACUUUCUGCUAAUGUGUAUGAAGAAGUUGAAACCAAUCAAAAGUGGACAGAAAACCAGUUUAUCAAAUACAGAAAAGACCACCUGAGCCACAUAAAUGAAUGUCUGAAGGUUCUGCAGGAGAAACUGGAAAAGUCUGAAAAUAAGAUGGAAGAAAAAAUACUUCAGCUUUCAAGCAACCUGGAGAAUUUUGUUAACUCGCAGAAACAGGAAGCAGAACUAAACAAAGUAAAGCAUAUAGAAAAUAAAUUAUCCAAAAAGGUGAACCAAAUGGAAAAGCGGCUCUGGGGUGAAUUAGAGAAAAUGCAGAAUGACUAUCAAUCAGGAUUUAAAUCAAUUCUUGACUCUCUCAGCUCUCUCCAACAAAUACAGAAAACAAAAAUGGAUUUAGAGAAAUGUAAAGUACAGAAGGAUCUGAAGAAAUUACAGCGUAAGAUAGUGUCACUCCAGGAAGUCUAAUCUGCCAGUCUUCCUUCCCACCAGCUAGUGGAAUGGUUUUCUGGGAAAAGCUGGGAAGAAGAAAGUUAA